AUGCAGUUCAAGUCUUUCCUCUGGACAGCACUGCCAGUGCUUCUCCAAGGCUCACUGGCGGAUGCGGCUUCCCCAGCAAGCCGUGUGAACAGAUGCCUGAAGACCUAUUCAGGCCAUGGUGCCUUUGCAUCAACCAAUGCCAGCAAAAACGUCUACCAGACCGACUUUGAUGGCGUAACCUGGGAUGACGACAACUGGCUCCUGACAACUACUACCUUGGAACAGGGUCGCUUCCAAUCACGAGGCUCCGUCGCCAACGGCUACCUCGGUAUCAACGUUGCCAGCGUUGGACCUUUCUUCGAAGUGGACGAUGCUGAAAUGGGAGGCGAUGUGAUUUCCGGAUGGCCGCUCUUCUCGCGACGUCAGUCGUUCGCGACGAUUAGUGGAUUCUGGGAUUCCCAGCCUACCACUAACAGCUCGAAUUUUGGCUGGAUCUCCCAGUACGGCAGUGACAGCGUUAUCAGCGGUGUUCCUCACUGGAGUGGUUUGAUUUUAGAGCUUGACAGCAACACUUACUUGGAUGCCAAGGUUGAUAACUCGACUAUCUCGGGCUUUACCUCUACCUAUGACUUCCAGGCUGGUGUCCUGUCUUGGUCUUACCAGUGGAAGCCCCAGGGUGACUAUGGUUCCUUUGACAUCAAGUACCGUCUCUUUGCCAACAAGUUGUAUGUCAACCAGGCUGUCGUGGAUAUGCGGAUUGUUCCCUCCCAGGACUCGAAUGGAACUAUCGCCAAUGUCCUGGAGGGAUAUUCUGCUGUUCGCACAGACUUUGUGAAAUCUGGCGAAGAUAAUGGAGCUAUUUACUCCGCUGUGCGACCAAAUGGUAUCGCCAACGUCACGGCUUACAUCUAUGCCAACCUUACUGCUACUUCCAACGUGGAUCUUUCUUCGCGGAAGCUGGUUGAUAACAAGCCAUAUGUCAGCCACAACUCCUCCUCCAUCGCCCAGACUGUGCCCGUCACUUUCAAGAAGGGACAGACCGUGCGUGUGACCAAGUUCGUUGGUGGCGCUUCCACAGAUGCCUUUGCGAACCCGCAGGAUAUUGCCAAGGCGGCAGUUUCGGCUGCAGCCAUGAAUGGAUAUGACAAGUCCCUGCGUACUCACGUCGUGGAGUGGGCCAGCGUGAUGCCCGAUGACUCGGUUGAUCGCUAUGCCUUCCCCAACGGCACUUUGCCCGAUGAUAGCCACAUUGUCGAUUCUGCCGUGAUCGCAGUGGCAAACACCUACUACCUCCUGCAGAACACCGUCGGCAAGAACGCCAUGAAAAUGUCCAACAGCACUACGCUCAACCGAGACAGCAUUUCCGUCGGCGGUUUGACGUCCGACUCCUACGCUGGCCAGGUCUUCUGGGACGCUGAUGUCUGGAUGCAGCCCGGUUUGGCCGCGUCGCACCCCGAGUCUGCUCAACGGAUCACCAAUUACCGCGUGGACAGGUAUGGCCAGGCACAGGAGAAUAUCAAGACUGCCUAUGCCGGGUCGCAGAACCAAACUUACUUCUCACCCGAUGCUGCGAUUUAUCCCUGGACUAGUGGACGGGCUGGAAAUUGUACCGCUACCGGUCCAUGCUGGGAUUACGAGUACCACUUAAAUGGUGACAUUGGAUUGUCCAUCAUUAACGAGUGGGUUGCCAGCGGUGAUAACAAGACUUUCCAGGAAAGCCUCUUCCCUAUAUAUGACUCGGCUGCUACUCUGUACGCCGAUCUGCUGGUGCAGAAUGGAUCUUACUGGACGCUUAAGAACAUGACUGAUCCUGACGAGUAUGCGAACCACGUCGACGCCGGUGGUUUCACCAUGCCGCUCAUCGCCCAGACUCUAACGUACGCCAAUAAAUUCCGCCAGCAGUUUGGUCUCGCCGAGAACACAACCUGGGACGACAUGGCCAAGAACGUCCUUGUCAUCCGCGAGAACGGCGUCACCCUGGAAUUCACCACUAUGAACGGCAGCGCUGUCGUGAAGCAGGCCGAUGUUGUCCUGAACACCUACCCUCUAGACUACACUUCCAACUACAGCGCCCAGGAUUCUCUGAACGACCUCGACUACUACGCGAACAAGCAAUCCCCCGACGGCCCCGCAAUGACAUGGGCCAUCUUCUCCGCCGUCGCCAACGAAAUGUCCCCCUCCGGCUGCUCAGCCUACACAUACGCCCAAUACGCCUUCAAACCCUACAUCCGCGCCCCCUUCUACCAAAUGUCCGAACAACUCCUCGACAACGCCACCACAAACGGCGGCACCCACCCCGCCUUCCCCUUCCUAACCGGCCACGGCGGCUCCAACCAAGUAGUUCUAUUCGGCUACCUAGGCCUCCGCCUCCUCCCCGACGACAUCCUCCACGUGGACCCCAACCUGCCCCCGCAAAUCCCCUACCUGAAAUACCGCACUUUCUACUGGCGCGGAUGGCCUAUUUCCGCGUGGUCGAAUCACACACACACCACGCUGGCCAGAGCACACAGUCAACCGCUCUCGACGGCAGAUACCCGUUUCAAAAACGGAUCUAUAACUGUGCACGCCGGUCCAGAGUCAAACUAUACCUCGUACACACUACCCGCUCGCGGCAGUGGAAUCGUCAUACCAAACCGCCAAAUCGGCUAUAUAAACACCAUCCCCGGAAACCUGGUCCAAUGCCAACCGAUUACAGCAACCGAUUCCUACGAACCAGGUCAAUUCCCCAUAUCCGCCAUUGACGGCGCCACAUCCACGAAAUGGCAACCCGCACUCGCAGCAAACGUUAGUGCUGUGACCGUAUCCUUCGGGACAGAGAUGGGCCAAUUAGUCUCAGGCUUCAAGUUCGAUUGGGCGCAAGCUCCGCCCGUUAAUGCAACGGUGAUCUUCCACAACAACUCGCUUAAUGAUCCUGCCCAGGCGUAUGCCUCUGGUUCGAGCAAGGAUUACCAGGUGGUUAGCAUGUUGAGCAAUAUCAAAUUGUCGAAUCCUUAUGAAGAGGGGACGACGAAUUUGGAUGCGAUUGCCAUCCCCGUUGGUAAUACUACUAAUGUGACGUUGGCUUCUCCGGUGCCGGCGGCUAAAUAUGCGUCGCUGCUUAUUGUGGGUAACCAGGCUCUUGAUGAGGUUGAUAUUAAGGCGAAGAAUGGGACUGGUGCGACUGUCGCGGAGUGGGCGAUUAUUGGGCAAAGUCAGAACGAGACGCAGUCUGGUGGAAAUGCUAAGAGGACUAUGAAUGUUCGGUAUGCGGCUGCUAUGGCUGGUUCACGAUCGUUUAUGGAUCGCCGCCAAAAGAAGGCUUCCAUGAAGAGUGGAUUGUGA